CAAUUGGUUUAUUACAAGGGGUGGGGUGGAAGAACGAUGCAGGAGAAAAACAUCCAGUUCUCCCCAAAGAUCUGGGAAGGCCCAAGUGCCAAUGCCAUGGUCUAGGAGCCAGGACCCUUCUUGCAGCAGAUGCAUCAUCAAGCUGACUUCUGUAGCUUGGAUCAGCAUGUGCAUGCUCUUGGAUCCCAUCCAGCCUAGAAGCCCAUUUGGCCACCCUACCGGGCCCUGAUCAGACCCGGCCAGAGCUGCUUACACAGGGCACCGGGCUUGUGUGACCAGUCCGAUCAUCAGGGGCGCUGAAUUCCGGGACAGUCCUGGAACAUCCUGGAGGGUCUUGGCUUUGAGGGGUCUCCGAACUCCUGGAAAAGGAUGGGUCAAAUUGUGGGAAUGCACAGACUACCAUUUUCCACAGGUCAAGAGGCGGGACUUGGCCUUAGUUUUGCAAAGGGGUCUUAACUUCCAAAAAGGUGAAGAAAGACGGGUUUAGAUCAUAGUCUUUCACUUUAUUUUCUUAGCCGUCCCUCUCAAGCAAUCUAUUCUAUGGCCAUUGGCCCUUCCCAACCUGUGGUCUGGGUAAUCGCUUUCUGCCUCUAGUCCGAAAAGGCACAAAGUCCUGGCCCACUGGCGUGAUGGGGCUCGUGUUUUCCUCAAGAAACCCCCUCUUGUUCUUGUGACCUACUUUCCACUUGGCAGAGCUUUCCGGAGAGGCAUGAACAGCGCUGAGGGGCAAAGCCCAAGCUCAGGUAGCCUCGGCUUUGCGGCAUUUCUCCGCAGCACUGUUGAGCACAGCAGUCCUGUCAGCUCCACCCUCCUGGCAAGCCAAGCCGGGCAAGCACCAGGCCCAUCGGAGAAGGGCCCGAGGCUGCGGCGCUCUGACACCUUUCUGUGCUCAAGUUCGUGGGCCUCAGGGGCUUCGCCAGGUUAGAAUUUGCCUUGGUCUUGUUCCUGAGAGCGACGUGGAGAGUGAAGGGUAGUUCCUAAUCUCCCGCACUUGGUUCUGCUGCAUGGAUGCCGCAGCCUCAAGACCCUGUCAGAUUGGGAAGAACUGGCUUGCUCUAUCACCUUCUCGCUUUCCUCUCCCUCCGUUCUCCUCGCCUUCUGUCCCUCUCGAUCUUUCUUCCCCCCUUUCCCUUUUCUCCGUCCCAGAUGCCCAGCCCGCAGAGUCAGUAACCUCGGGUAGCAGAGGUGGAAGUGGUUGGAGCGCAGCGCAAGCGUUGGCGUGGCUCUGGGGCUCUGCGCUCCCAGUAGCUGCUGCCCACAGAGACCGCAACUGCUUGCAUCUCAGAAGCCAGCUCUCGGGCUCUGUCGCCCGCUCUCCCGAGAGCUCUCCCUGGGUCCUCUCCGGCUUCACUUCCUCCUUGGACUUGGUUUAUACUUGGAAGAACAAGGCUACAUGCCUGACAAAUCACCCGGGAUGCAAGGGUCUCUCCCCGCGGCGCAGAGCCCUGCGCGGUUGGCUGCCUGGGAUCUCAGCGUGCAGCAGCCCCAGUCAAGGCCUCCGCAGGGGCUGGAGCUGGUGGGGCAGGCAGGCCUGGGGCAUCCUGGGGAGCUGUAGCCCGCAGGCCAGGGGCAAGGCCGCGACCUCCCGGGCUCCACUGGAUCCGGCCGGAAAAGGUCGAGUUUCCUGAGACCAGUAUGAGGCCCACACUUGGGGGCUAGCGCCAAGGGCCCGCCGUUUCCAGUUGACUUAGAGCAGGUCCUGGCAGCCAAGGAAGAAGGAGACCUGGGGGUCUGCUCAGCAAAGGGCCUAUCCCCCAAAGGCUGCCAUCUCUGGGCCAGGAGCCCAGCCCUGCCUCGCAGGGAACAGAUUUCCUCACCGUGGGCCUCCUUAAAAUGCGUAUACUGCGGGAGUGAGGGCUGCUCCGGCCCGGUUUGGAGGGGAAGAGGAAGGAGGGAGGGGACGGGAGCAGGAGUGUGGUGACACUGGUUUCUGUCAUACGUAGCCUCCAGGAGCAUGCGAAUGCCAAGGCUGAAGGGAGAACUCGAGAAUACUGUGUCAGAGGUGUCCGCUGGCCAUCCCUCCUCCGAAUUUCCCCUCCUGGUCCUCCCUCAGGGCAAGCCAGAGACCCUGCCUGAAGACCAAUGUUCCUUUCACUUCCCUGGAAGGGCUUGGAGCCGGACAGGGUGAUGGGGCUGGGGGUGCCUGGACCUGGACUCAGAGUGGGGGUGGAGGAAUCUUUCAGGUUGCCAGUUCCUUCCACAACCCCCACUCAUGCUAGCCCACCAAGGUCCACCCAGGAGCAAGCCAGGUAUGGGCACCAGAGGCCAAGAGCCCAACUAGAUCCACAGACUGGCAGAGGAGAGUACAGGGGGCCAGGGCAUUACACUUUGGGGGAAAUUCUGUGUGGGAUGCAAAAAUUAAGUGGCAAUUGCCAGCUUCCAGUCGCUCUGGACUUCAGGCACUCACUCUGAGGGUCCUGGUGGCCUAGGACCAGGUCUGCCACUUUGGGGAGACAGCUCCAGACCUGAAUGGGGAGAGCUUGAGGCCCUGAGAGGACCCCUCGGUGUUUAGAGUGGACGGAGAGCUAGUGGCAAAUUCCGAAUAAGGAAGGGGAGCACCCAAGGCGGGCCAGGGUGCGCACUAUAAACACCCCGCUGGUUCACAGCGCGGGGCCGCAGGACCCUGCAAACACAGUUCCAAAGAGGGUUCAAGUCAGGGCAGGGGCUGGGCGAGCCUCAGGGCCAGGUUCCUCCCCCGACCCCGGCCACUUCGGGGCGGCCCCGCAGCUCCCGGCCUUGGGGCUGAGGUAUUGGGUGUGCGUCUCGCGGUCCGUCAAUACAGAUUACAUAUUUAUAUCAAUCGCGGGCUCGGAGGGCGCCCUCGGAGAGCGGCCCCAAGCCUACGAAAUCAAACUGGGAGUGGUCGCGCGGCAACGCUGGCUCAGGAUUGGCUGCGGGCGCCCGCCGCGGUGCGGGGGGAUUGCUAAUCGUAUUCAGCAUGUUUUGCACAAGAAAUGUCAGCCAGAAAGGGCUAUCUGCUCCCUUCGCCAAAUUAUCCCACAACAAUGUCAUGCUCGGAGAGCCCCGCCGCGAACUCUUUUUUGGUCGACUCGCUCAUCAGCUCCGGCAGAGUGGAGCCUGGCGGCGGCGGCGGCGGCACGGGGGGCGGCGCCUACUUCGCCCACGGCGGGGUCUACCUGCCGCCGGCCGCCGACCUGCCCUACGGGCUGCAGAGCUGCGGGCUUCUUCCCGGCUUCUGGGAAGGCAAGCGCAAAGAGCGAGCCCUCGAUUCGCCGCCGCCCCCCACGCUGACAUGCAGCGGCGGUGGCGGGGGCUCGCAAGGCGACGAGGAGGCGCACGCGUCGUCCUCGGCCGCCGAGGAGCUGUCCCCGGCCCCUUCCGAGAGCAGCAAAGCCUCGCCCGAGAAGGACUCCCUGGGCAAUACCAAAGGCGAAAACGCAGCCAACUGGCUCACGGCAAAGAGCGGCCGGAAGAAGCGCUGCCCCUACACGAAGCACCAGACGCUGGAGCUGGAGAAGGAGUUUCUGUUCAACAUGUACCUUACUCGAGAGCGGCGCCUCGAGAUCAGCCGCAGCGUCCACCUCACGGACAGACAAGUUAAAAUCUGGUUUCAGAACCGCAGGAUGAAACUGAAGAAAAUGAACCGAGAAAACCGGAUCCGGGAGCUGACAGCCAACUUUAAUUUUUCCUGAUGAAGCUCCAGGCAAUGCCGUUUCGUUUUUGUUUGUUUUCCCCCCCUGCUUCCAGAGAGCCAUUCUCCUCCCUCUGUCUUCGGCCUCUUCCCAGGAACUCGCACCUGUGCGGGCGCCCGUUCCUCCCUCCCACACUCGCCAUUUCGCUGGCCAUUACAUCAGUGCAGGGCUGGUUUGUUCUGACGUUUUGUUUCUUUGUCUGUUUGCUAGGUGCUGGUUUUUUGUUGUUGUGUUCUGGGGGAAAAGCCAUAUCGCUCUAAAAUCCUACGUAGAUAAAGAUUGUCCUAAGUGUCAAGUGCGAACUGGGAUGGUUUGUCGUCUGGAUGACUCCACUGCUCAAAAUGGCCCCUGUGCUCCCGGUGGAGCUGGUUUCCUGCGGGGGGCCGGGCAAACCCAGCCGGAAGGCCAGGUCCCAUUGUAGGCGCUGAGGUGUCUGGCCUGAGGUCAAUGGUGCAAGGAGCCACCAGCAGGCUCCCGGGCCUGAAGUGUUGGGCUGUGUUUAAUCAGGGGAUCCAGGCCCUGGGUUUCUUUUCUCUUUCUUCCUUUCUUCCUUGGCAAAGAGAAGGGCUUAUGGGCAUGGGCAUACAGGUUGACAAAAGGGCUUGACUUUGGCUGAUUGGAACAUGGAGGGAGUCAGGAAGAUGAAAUUUUCCUUCCUCUGUAAGAUAUCCCAGCUUUAAAAGAAAGAAAGAAAAAGAAGAAGAAGGAAAAAAAAAAAAAGACCAGGAUAAGGAAACUCCUCUUCCAGUUUGUGUAAGGUCUUGCAUUGUGGGACUAAAUUAUUUCCCCUUCCUCUGAAUUUCCAUAUCCUCUGGCUAUAGAUAAAUAAUCUGAUGUAGUUCUGUUUAUACAUGUGGAUUUAGUGGGUUUUUGUCAUAAAGUAAUCGUUACCACUGGUAACACACGACAAGCACACCACACUCUCCCUAUCUUGUGGAGGUUUGUCCCCCCCCUUUUUUUUUUCUUCCUUUUUUUUUUUUCUUUCCAAAAUUCAUGGAAGCCGAGGAGGGCUGGGGCAAGCGGAAUAGACUAGAGAAGGGAGACAUUGUUUGGUUUCCUUUAUACUGUGAAGUUACAUGCAUAAAAGGGUCAAACCUGUAGGUGCAGAAAAAGAAAAAAAAAACUAUAAAUGCAAAUCUGUAUAAAUGUCUAUUAUUAUGAAAAAUUGCCAAUCUUGUUUUAUGCAAAUGCAUUCUAUCGUUAUUAUAAAUGUUAGUUCUAGCUCUAUUUACUUCUAAUCUUAAAUCAGAAUAAAUUAAUAUUGUAAUGCUGCUGUGCGUGGAAAAAAAAGAUGAUGUUUAUGUUCUUAUAGAAGAAUAAAGCUGUGGAAUGAAGCUUUUUAAUUUUA